AUGGCAUCUCCAGGUCGUAUAUUACGGUCUCUGGCGUCUACAUAUCGCCCAGGCUCUCAGAGAAUAAUCACAUCGUCCCGUAAGUUUCAUCCUUUGGCGGCGAAUUGGACUGCUCCGCCGUCCUCGUCACUUGUGCCGAUUGUCAUUGAGAAAACCGGGAGAGGGGAGAGAAGUUAUGACAUCUUCUCGAGGUUGCUGAGAGAAAGAGUCAUUAUGCUUUAUGGACCGAUACGGGACACUGAUUCUGCACUCAUUGUGGCACAAUUACUCUUUCUUGAGGCAGAAGAGACCUCAAAGCCUAUCCACUUGUACAUCAAUUCUCCAGGCGGCAGUGUCACUGCAGGGUUGGCCAUUUAUGACACAAUGCAGUACGUUUCCUCGCCCAUACAUACGUACUGCGUAGGUCAGGCUUGCUCGAUGGGCUCUCUCCUAUUGGCUGCGGGUGAGAAGGGUAAGAGGCAUGCCCUACCGCACGCUACGAUAAUGAUUCACCAACCGUCUGGCGGAGCGUCCGGUCAGGCAUCAGACAUUGCCAUCCACGCCAAGGAGAUACUGCGCGUGCGCGAGCUCUUGACCAGCAUCUAUCAGCGACACUGCGGGAAGGACGGUGAGGACGUACAGGAUGGGAUGGCUCGUUUCGGAAAAGCACUAGAGCGUGAUUACUUCAUGACGGCGAAUGAGGCGCUCGAAUUUGGCAUAGUAGACAGUGUGCUGGCAAAGCGGCCCAAGCUAGACAGUGCGAUCUGA